UCACGCUAUGCUCGCCUCUAUCAAACGUCUUGCCACUCUCGGCUGUUUUGUAGCCUCUGCAUUUGCGCAGAACAUUGACAUUAGUCAGCCUGUGUCCGGAACAACUGUCAGUGCAGGUAGCGACCUCAUUGUGCGGAUUGACAAGCCGGACAGUCUCACUGGUUCAGUCGAAGUCGGCCUUGCUAUCAAUCUCAUCUCCUGUGCGGAUUUCGGUGGCUGCGCUAAUUUUGAUCCCAUUGAGCGUCUCGGCAACACUCUCUACACUGGCCCGUUCAAUCCCACCUACCAGUCUGGCGACUAUUAUCCGUACGAGAACUUCACCGUUCCGAUUCCGGCGGGUUUUGCUUCAGGCGAGGCCGUUCUGAGCGCCACCCACUUCGUGCUUGUCGGCGCUAGCCCACAACCUUACUUGCAGACAGCGAAUGAGACGAUCAUGAUUGCUUGAACUUAAUGAUUCGAUAGCUGCUCGAUGACCUCAGACGUUGUUGAUUACUACUGAUUGAUCUCUCUCGAUAGUAUCUUGAUGACCUAUUCAUGCCCACAUUAGUAUUGAACGACCAUCCCUUAUAGUACUAGUAGUUUUGGUUGAAUAGGAAGCAAAUCAAUAAUGUUACUCCGAAGUAACUCAUUUGGCACAACUAUACUGUGUCGCUCUUCAAUCCCCGGACUAUGUGCUAGCCCGAUGCUCGGCCCCUGUGAGCUCGACCCGUUGUUUCAAAUCUUUCACGGUGACGCCUGUUCCAUUUUAAUGUGCACGCUGCUGCGGUUGCGCGCGACCAACCUGUUCUACUGUUUCUUUCACUUGCAAUUCAUGGCCUGCAAUUUUCUUGGUCA